AAAAAAACAGCCGUGUGAAAUUCAGACGUGAAAAUUCAGUCGCAAAAAAAAAAUUGUGUCUCAAAAAAAUAUUCAGCCACAAAAAGUUGUGUUGCCAGUAUUUCAGUUGUGGAAAAAAAAUUGUCGUGACAAAAUCAGCAGCGGAAAAAAUCAGUCACAAAAAUGUAUUUGUGUAAAAAAAAAAAAUUAAGCCGCAAAAAAAAAUUGCCACGAGUACAAUCCAGGUAACCAGGGAAAAGCAAUCGAUCCCAUUUGGAUCGAUUACUCUCUCCUGGUUAACACUGGUACAAUCCAGGUAACCAGGGAAAAGCAAUCAAUCCAAGAUCGACUGCAUUUCCCUGGUUACCUGGCUUCUGAAUUAGGAUGCUGAAAAAAAAUUUAUGUCAGAAUUUUGUUGCUUGAAAGAUCAAAUCAGUUUCAAAAAUACAAAUUUUGGUGGUACAGAUUUACUCCAUAUAAAUGUCAUUAUAUGAAAUAAUUUUUGGGAAAGCACUUUAAUAAAAUUUCAAAAUUAGAACCGAUGAAAUGUGUACAGGUGUGAACUCUUUCAAUGCCAUUGGCGACGAUAGACGUCCAGUCAUAUCUCUUUUCUGCGGAGCCCCAAAAGGGACAUCAACAGAAAUAAAUUUGAGCAAUCUGGUGUGCACCAGAAUCAAUCUAGUAAACAUUAGCAAUAUAUAUCAUUUAAGCUAGAAGACCUUUGCUAUGUAAGUUAUUGGCUAACUUGCAUAGCAAAAGUCUGUUUACAACAAUUAGCUAACUUGCAUAGCAAAAGUCUGCUAGCUUAAAUGCUAUAUAAUGCUAAUGUUUACAACAAUUGGCAAAUUUGCAUAGCAAAAGUCCAAUAGACGCUAGCUUAAGUGCUAUAUAAUGCUAAUGUUUACCAGAUUGCUAAAAUUUAAUUUAUUUCUGUCGAUGUCCCUUUAGGGGCUCCGUAUUUCAGUAGACGUCCAAUCCAUUUGAACUAGGAGGCUGGCAGUGAAUGAACGAACGACCAGAACUCCCGGAUUGGACGUCUAUUCCCGUCAAUGGCAGCCAAGGAGUUAACAAUGAUCACGUGGUGAAUAAAAACACAUGAUGGUUGUAAAAUGUUUGAAGGAAAACAAAUUAAAUCGGAAUUCUUGACUAAACAGUGAUGUUCUGGUGUAUUCAUGAAUGACUACAUUUCCCACGAUGUUUUGCGCUGACGUGACAGGCUGGUCAGGCACUAUGUUACGGUAGCGGCGACCAGACGUUCGGUUUGCCCACUUACUACCUAGAAGAGCUUCGAUAUGGACCAAGACAGCAAUUCUGAGGACGAGUCUGUGGGACCACCGGAGGAUCCUUUAGAAGAUUCGCCACCAUGUCUUCCUCCAGGACUUUCUGAUGGAGAAGCAAUAGAGCUGCUUUGGCAGUAUCGAGCCCAGCGUCGCCAAUCAUCACCUGAACUACCAGAGACAGUCACUCGUCUCACUUCUCCUGACGGCAGCCUCCUCUACCUGGUGGGCACCGCCCACUUUAGCGACAGCAGCAAAAAGGACGUUGCGACGACGAUCCGUGCUGUGCAACCCGAUGUGGUUGUGGUGGAGUUGUGCCAGUACAGGGUGUCCAUGUUGAAGAUGGACGAGAGCACGUUGCUGAAGGAAGCCAAAGAGAUCAACCUUGAGAAGGUCCAACAGGCCAUCAAACAGAACGGUGUUAUGUCCGGCCUGAUGCAAAUUCUCCUGCUUAAAGUUUCCGCUCACAUCACCGAGCAGCUCGGCAUGGCUCCCGGGGGGGAGUUCAGGGAAGCUUUCAAAGAGGCUGGGCGUGUGCCCUUCUGCAAGUUUCAUUUGGGGGACAGACCCAUCCCUGUGACGUUCAAGAGGGCCAUUGCCGCUCUUAGUGUGUGGCAGAAGGCCCGGCUUGCUUGGGGGCUUUGCUUCCUUUCGGACCCGAUCAGUAAAGAAGACGUGGAGAAAUGCAAACAGAAAGACCUGCUGGAACAGACCAUGUCAGAGAUGAUAGGAGAGUUUCCAGCGCUUCACCAAACCAUCGUGGCGGAGAGAGACAUCUACCUCACGCACACACUGCGCCAGGCGACACGCUGUGUGGAGGCGCCACCUAACGCCCAGAAAGUGCCUGCUGUUGUAGUGGGAGUCGUUGGAAUGGGUCACGUCCCCGGCAUCGAAAGAAACUGGGAUCGGCAUCUCAACAUUAGUGAAAUUAUGAGCGUCGCCCCUCCGUCACAGUUCGGCUGGGUUUUUGUACUCAAAGGCGUCAUGCUUGGAAUGCUGGGAUACGCCUGCUAUCGCGCCGGAGGGACUUUAAUGGGAGCGCUGCUGUCUUCGACCGCCAUCCGCUCGUUCGUGGACAACCUGCGACCCAAGCGCGCGCAGGUCAGCUGAAGGCUCGGUUCACGAAAACGGCACGUCGUCGUUACCGGUGGCCUUAAACGAAGGUGCAACAAAGGACCUCAGGCGAGUGCGGUGCCUACGCGGAUAUUUCGGGCCUUACUGCCAAAGAAACCUACACGGGAUUGUAUUGUCAUUUUUUGGAAAGGCUAUAUGAUCCAAGGUUUAAUAAUAUAAUACCAAUAAUGUCUUCUGAGUGCUUGAAAGUUUACUCCUUUUGAAGAAAAAAAUCAUUUUCUGGGAGGGUCAAAUCCAGGAGGAAUCGUCUUCAGCCAAACGCCCUUGCAAUAUUUCAAUUGUUUUUUUUUUUUUGUAUCCUUGUUCUUUAUUUCUUAAUUUUUGUUAGGCCAGCAUAAUAUAUAUAUAAAGAUCAUAUUUUAUAGAGUGCCAUUUGUGACCCCAGGAUAAAUCGAGCUGUAUUAUCACUUAAGUUUGACAAAUUCAACUUAUUUUUUGUGUAUUAUCAAUUAACGUCUAUUAUAAAUUCAAAGGCUCCUAAAUUCUUUUUUUUUUUUUUUUCGAAUUUAUUUCUGGUAAAAGGUGUUAUGGCAUUUUGCUAAAUGUUUCAUUGAAAAUCAGUCUCUAACUAGUACAUUUCCAAAGUACUUAUGAUUUUAUUGUCCUGGAUAAACUCUCUUUAAUCGUGUUGUUUUCAGAUUAAAAAAAACACAUGAUUUUAUUUAAAUAAAUAAAAAGCUUUUAAUUUA